CGCAGGUCCGCAGGGAGCCAGGAGAUAUUUCUCAACCUCCAGCGCGCCUCAUCCAAAUCGAUUCCUUGGCUGUGCACUCGAAUACAUAUCCGUACACAUCUGUUCUGUCAAAUUGCGACAAAAAUGUUCAAAAAAGAUAUAUCCCCCGGGGCGCGCUCCAAAGUCAAGUCGUCCGUGCAACGAUCUCUCCGAAACAAGUUCCUUGAAACCUAUCCCGGUUUCGAACCAUACAUCGAUGAAGUGAUGCCAAAAAAAGCGCCGUUAGAAGCCGUGAAACUACCCGAUCGAGUCACCCUGUACCUCAGCGACUCACACCCAAUCUUCUUCCAAUCCCUCGACAGCCCCCUGAUCCCUCACCUCCGUGUGCUCCACGCCUUUCCAAACGCCCUGCCGACUAUCGGAAUCGACAGAGGCGCGAUCCGCUUCGUCCUCUCCGGCGCCACUCUGAUGGCUCCCGGCCUCACAUCUGCUGGCGGGAGAUUGCCCGAUCCCGCGAAUAACCCUGGUGACAAAGAGCUGGAGGCGGGGCAGGUCGUUGCGGUCACGGCGGAGGGGAAGGAGGAGAUCUGUCUUGUGGGGGAGUUGAAGAUGGGUACGGAGGAGAUGAAGAAGAAGGCGAAGGGUGUGGUGAUGGAUGAGGGCCAUUAUCUUGGUGAUGGCUUGUGGAAUUUGCAGUUUGAUUGA